AUGCCCGAUCCACCCAAACCCACCCUCCGCGCAACAUACACCUCUCCUUCGAGCGUCAAGACCUUCACCAAUCCUAUUACCGCACCCCUCCCCUCGUUAGAAACCCCCACCGCGGUAAAAGACAAGGUCACCUACCUGUCCGAGUUGCGCGCCUCGACCAAGCAACUGCAGGAAGAGAUCAACGUGUUCUUGACGCAGAAGAUGGAAGAGGAUAAGGCUGGUGCAAAUGCGACUGGGACGGAAGGACCUGAGGCUGGGAGCAAAAAGGGCGAGGAAGAAUCGAAAGAUGAAUUAAUGGAGGAGAAUUACGGCGAGGAAGAAAUCGGCGACGAGGAGGAUUGA